GCAUUACGGUUGCUGCUUCCGAUCCUAAAGGACGUAUUUUUUCCUCCUGAUGUGGUAAAAAAAAUAGUCCAAUUAUUGUAUUGUGAUAGUCAAUUGGAAAAAUCCCGUACAAGGGUAAUAACGAAUUAUACAAUACUGAUUCUAAAGGACUAGCUAAAGCAAAUAAAAAAGUCUCAUGAAUCGAAGUUAUGUUGGAUGUGACGUUUGAAACGAUUCACUUUUAGCCCGAAUUUUGUUGCGUGGUAGACAGCGUGAUAGAGGACAAUCUGAAGUGUGAAAGUGUAAUUGAUUUUCAAUUACGCAAAUUACCGAGGAAAGUGGCAGCCCAUCUGCGUUGUAAGUUACAGUGGUUGUGUAUCAUUCGGUAAAAUAAACAGAAAAUCUUUAGUACACUAGUGGAUUUGUUUCCGAGCCCCACAAAGAUGACUCCAACGAAGAAAACUUAUGUUCUGGUGGCUCUCUUGGUUCUAUUUUCCAUAUCGAUGAAAAGCAAUAGCGCGGCACCUGCUCCAAAGCAGACAGAUUCUACCUCGGCGUCAGAAAGUCAAAAUGAGGACGGUUUGAGACAGAAUGUUGAUGAAGAAGUGUUCGAACUCGAACAUCUUAAACAUCAAACAUCAAGCGGAGGAAUGGCAAACACAAAGGAAGAAAUUCUUCCUCAGCUAGAGAGGCAAUUGGAGGAAGAGGCGCAAGCGUCUGCUUCCAUUGUAUCAUCCGACGAGGAUAACGGAAUUGAUAAUGGAGAAAACGAUGUCGAAAAUGAUGACGAAGACGAAAAUAGUAGUGAUUACGCGGAAAAGCUAGCAAAAGUUUCUGAAAGUAUGUUGUUAAAAACGUUAGCCGAAUACCAUCACAAACAGCAAAGGCAGCAACAUAUCGAAGAUCAGCACAAUCAUCUUCAUAUCACAGGCGAACCAAAAAUGCCUCAUUCGAAUCACUUUUUGAUGAAGUUGCUUCCGGGAACGGUACGACUAACAUUUGGUCAACAUAACACACCAGAGACUACAGCACAAGCAAUUCCUAAAACAACAGCUGCUUCACAGCCCGAAGAAGUUCUAAAAGUCACUUCAGGAUCCAGUUCGCUUACUAAGAACGGCCAGCGACGAGGAGAUGCUGAAGUGCUGUUGCGACACAGCGGGGGUCAAUAUUCUGCAUUUGAUAUGGCGCAAUAUGUAUUCUGGACUGGUGAUGAAGCUGGAGUAGCACGAGGUGUCGAAGAGCUCAUUCAGAAGGGUUUGAUGACCCGUGAAAAUGCCAUCAAAUUCCUAAGGGAUAUACGUCUCGGCAUUGAUUAUUUGCAGAAUACAUACUCAAGUCGCUCGCUUAAGACGGAGCGUCAAUCACAUUCUGAACAAGAACAUUUAAGUAGCACUGCAAUGACUACCGCAACUGAAGCCCAGACGACGGUCGCUACGCAAACUGAAGCUUUAAUAGCCAACGAUCUGAUCGAACCACAAGUCACACUUCCUCCUGAAAUACUUAAAAUUAUCGAACGAUUGCCGAAUUUGCUUAAGUUUAAUGAUUUGAAUGAUCAAUCGGAAUCAACACAAGACUACGAUGACGUGGUAGGCAGACUUAGACUAGCAGACUUUUUGUACGCAGAAUAUUCACUCGAGGAGGUAAUCUACCAGCUGGCCAAAGUAAUGUUUACCCAAUCGUUGACACGCGGUUCGGAACCGGCACAACAUGCAUUAGAAAAAUUAACAACAUUCCUGGAAUCGGAAGGUACUCACGGACGUAUCUCCCCAGUUCUUCAAAAAAAGAUUCUAGAUGUUCUUCUGGCGGCACUUGCUGACACUCUAGCUGAAAAUCCGGAGCUAAUGCAAGCUGCAAAAUUGGCGUUAGGAAAACACAUGGAAAAGAUACCACAACGAUCUGAGAAGCAAUAAUUCUGGUGUAACAGCAUUAUGGAUGUGAUCCGCCCAGGAGAAGCUUGUACAAUUUAAUAUUUAGUCGCGAAAAAUACUUUUUUUUAGCACGAUAAAAAUAAAUAAACCUGAAUUUGAGCUUCAUCUACUAACAGGCAACGAUGAAACUUGAAUAAUACCUACUACUACUUGAAAAUAGGUAUGAAAAAUUCCAUUUUAUGCAAAGUAUAAACAUAGAACGAAACCAUGUUUUUAAUAUGCCGGUUUCGGUCAACAUCACAACGUGAAACAAUAAAACAUUUGAAGAUAAUUGGAAUCUCAUUGCAGUUUUAUGUUGAAACUUGAUAUAUAUAAAUAUCUAAAAUAUGGUCCAGCAAGUGAAGUGUAUCUUAUAGUUAGAAUGAUGGACAUGGAACAGGGAAACAAUAACAUUUUAAUUCCUUUUAUAACAAAUUGAGAAGUUGUGUACACUCUUUACUAUCGAUGCAUUAUAUGCUACAUAUUUCAUAAGAACCCAGAAAAUGUACUCAAAAACACUUUACCAAUAUAGUACGAGUAUGAAAUACUAUGUCCUACAAAACAGCUGUGAGAUCUGCAUGUUAAUUUUGACAACCUUUGAAAUAAUUACCAUGAUGAUUUACUAUUAUCCACAUAAAAAAUGUUUAAUGCAAAUAAUUCUAGCAGGAAAUAUUUACAUCUAUACUAUAUAUCAAACAGCUAAAACACAAUUCGAAUGUUAGAAUCAAAUCUAGUGAAAUAAAAAUCAUACUCAAUCUUUAA